GUCAGGCAUCCCAACCGUCAGUAUCUGACCGAAUAAAGCGGGAGCUGGAGAUUCGGAUCACCUGUCUUCCUCGCAGGCUGAACUGGAAGACCUGACUUCAUCUCCGAAUUCGUUGGUUCUGUAACAUGCCUAAUACAAGGCUGAAUAGGGUUUGUUGUAAGACCUACGAAACCUUCAAAUGGAUUCAGUGAGAGUUGCUCCCAUGGGGGCCUUGCUGCUUCCAGAAGGUGCUUGAGCAGUAAACAGAAGCAACCUUGGAUUAGAAAGAGGGGUAAUAAGCAGCAGCUCCCAUUAGAAUCUGAAAUAAAUGGAGAAGCCAGGAAUGAACCUGAACCAACCUGAUGAAGAGAAAGAAGGGGUGGAUGAAGGAGGAAGGCAAAAUAAGGACCCGAACAAACUGGCAAGGAUAUUAGACUGCGCCUGAGCACCUGAGAGCGGAUGGAGCGCUUUGUCCGUGUUCCCUAUGGCUUGUACCAGGGUUAUGGGAGCACAGUGCCUUUGGGCCAGCCUGGACUCUCAGGGCACAAACAGCCCGACUGGAGGCAAAAUAUGGGUCCUCCCACUUUUCUGGCCAGGCCAGGGCUGCUGGUGCCCGCGAACGCCCCUGACUACUGCAUUGACCCUUACAAGAGGGCGCAGCUUAAGGCCAUUCUCUCCCAGAUGAACCCCAGCCUGAGCCCGCGGCUGUGCAAGCCCAACACCAAGGAGGUGGGCGUGCAGGUGAGCCCGCGGGUGGACAAGGCUGUGCAGUGCUCUCUGGGGCCUCGCACCCUCAGCAGCUGCUCCCCCUGGGACGGCAGAGACCCCCAGGAGCCCCUGCCAGCCUGUGGGGUCACUUCGCCCGCCACCGGCCGCAGGGGCUUGAUCCGCCUGCGGAGAGAUGGGGACGAAGCGGAGAGCAAGGCGCUCCCGGGCCCUGCGGAGGCCAGCCAGCCGCAGCCACCACCACGGAGGUCAGGAACUGACAGGCAGGAGGAGCCCGGGCAGCUGGAGGAAUCGGGGGAGAAAGACGCCCCGUGCCCUCAGGAGACGAAGAGCAAGCAGGUGCCUGGAGACGCCGCCUCCGAGCCGCUCCGGAGGCCCAACUUCCAGUUUUUGGAACCAAAAUAUGGCUAUUUCCACUGUAAAGAUUGUAAGACCAGGUGGGAGAGUGCUUACGUGUGGUGCAUUUCUGGAACGAACAAGGUUUAUUUCAAACAACUCUGUUGUAAAUGCCAAAAGAGUUUUAACCCUUAUCGAGUAGAAGCAAUCCAAUGUCAGACCUGCUCAAAGUCUCAUUGUUCCUGUCCUCAAAAGAAGAGACACAUUGAUCUAAGGAGGCCUCAUCGACAGGAACUGUGUGGUCGCUGCAAAGACAAGAGAUUCUCCUGUGGCAAUAUUUACAGCUUUAAAUAUGUGAUGUGACUUGUACAGUGUGACUUGUAAUGGACCCCUGAGCUCUUCUUGUAACUUACUGUGCUGUCUUCCUUUUUUGCAACUUGGCUCUGACCUGGCAUCAGAAAAUGGCUAGGCUUUUGUACUUUUUGUAGAUUGUGUAACAAUUGUACAAUGUAAAUAGAAUAAAAUAAAUGCAUGUGAACUAGA